AUGGAUGACCAAGGAAGAAAAGUAAUCGUUUGCGACAACGGAACUGGGUUCGUGAAAUGCGGAUAUGCCGGCAGUAACUUUCCAGCCUUUAUUUUUCCUUCGAUGGUAGGAAGGCCAAUUAUAAGGGCUGAAAAUAAAAUAGGAGAUAUUGAUGUUAAGGAUAUGUGUGUUAAACCAAGUUUGAAAUUUCAUGCGAACCAGAUGUUUGAUCCAGACAUUGUUCAGGACUUAAUGGUAGGAGAUGAAGCUUCACAGUUAAGGUCUAUGCUUGAAGUCAGCUAUCCUAUGGAAAAUGGAGUGGUACGUAAUUGGGAGGAUAUGUGUCAUGUGUGGGAUUAUACAUUUGGUCCGAGCAAAAUGAAUAUUGAUCCAAAAGAAACCAAAAUCCUUCUCACAGAACCACCGAUGAACCCUACCAAAAAUAGAGAAAAGAUGAUUGAAGUAAUGUUUGAGAAGUAUGGUUUUGAUAGUGCGUACAUAGCUAUCCAGGCCGUUCUAACGUUGUAUGCUCAAGGACUUAUCUCAGGAGUGGUCGUGGAUUCAGGCGAUGGUGUAACUCACAUAUGCCCAGUAUAUGAAGAGUUUGCUUUACCACAUCUGACACGGCGGUUAGAUAUCGCCGGUAGAGAUAUCACACGGUAUCUUAUAAAGCUAUUACUACUGCGGGGAUACGCAUUCAAUCAUUCAGCGGAUUUCGAGACGGUCCGUAUGAUGAAGGAAAAGCUCUGCUACAUCGGCUACAACGUGGAACAGGAGCAGCGCCUCGCUUGGGAGACCACUGUGUUGGUCGAGCCUUAUGUGCUUCCCGAUGGAAGAGUGAUCAAAGUGGGUGGAGAACGUUUCGAAGCACCCGAAGCAUUGUUCCAGCCACAUCUCAUCAAUGUAGAAGGUCAAGGGAUUGCUGAGCUCGUCUUCAAUACUAUACAGGCGGCAGACAUAGACAUGCGCAACGAGCUGUACAAGCACAUAGUGCUGUCAGGGGGCUCUACCAUGUACCCGGGCCUGCCCUCGCGCCUCGAGCGCGAGAUCAAGCAGCUCUAUCUGGAGAGGGUGCUUCGCAACGACUCGGACAAACUCGCUAAAUUCAAGAUCCGCAUUGAGGACCCUCCGCGGCGUAAGGACAUGGUGUUCAUCGGCGGCGCCGUGCUCGCCGAGGUGUGCAAGAACAGGGACAACUUCUGGCUCACGCGACAGGAGUAUCAGGAACAGGGUAUCUCCUGUCUGCGAAAGCUCGGGCCUCGCGCUAGU